AUGUCUGUAGCCGAUACCGUCCAGCGUCUCACAGGCAUCAGUCUUGGUUCUUCAACACCAGAGCCAGCCAAGGAAACAAAGCAAGAAACCCCGGGAUCAGAACAAUCCACUGUUCAGCAACCAACAGACACGCAACCCACCUCCUCCUCUCAGCACGCAGACGAUAACGCGUCUGAAGUAUCCUACACCGAUGCACAACUCACACUACGUGCACUCGUUUCAACCAAGGAAGCAGGCAUUAUUAUUGGCAAAGCCGGGAAGAAUGUCGCUGACUUGCGUGACUUGACUGGCGUCAAGGCCGGUGUGUCAAAAGUCGUGCCAGGCGUACAUGAUCGCGUCCUCACUAUUACCGGUGCUUUACCUGCUGUGACGCAAGCGUAUACCCUCAUUGCUCAAACCUUCCUUGAAAACCCCGUCUUGCAUGGACCUGGUGGACAGCAACAGCAGAACCCACUGCAUGCCACCAUCAGGCUGCUUGUCUCGCAUAACCUGAUGGGUUCAUUGAUUGGUCGUCAAGGUGCUAAAAUCAAGGCGAUCCAGGAUUCCUCUGGUGUACGCAUGGCUGCAUCCAAGGAGAUGCUCCCACAAUCACAAGAACGUAUCGUCGAAGUGACUGGCGAACUCGCGAGUGUGCAAAAGGCAAUUUGGGAAAUCGGCAAGUGUCUUGUGGAUGAUUGGGAGCGUGGCGUUGGAACAGUCCUCUACAACCCAUCCGUCCGUAUCUCACCCACCAGUACGGUCGUUGCGCCAACGGCUGCGAAUGGUGUGGUACCAGCAGCGGGUAUUCCUGGUAACUACCUUCGUUCUCACCGUGGCGGCCUCCCUUCCUUUGGUGGCCGUUCCAACUAUGGCGGUCGUGAUGCAGCUGCCGGUAUGACUGGUAGUGGCGAAACACCUUCUGCUGACUUCAACCGUUUGGAUGCAAGUGACCCGUCGUUCACCUCGCAAACGGUCAGUAUCCCUGCUGAGAUGGUAGGUUGUGUGAUUGGUAAAGGUGGUACGAAAAUCACUGAGAUUCGCAGGCAGAGUGGAUCACGGAUUGCUAUUGCAAAAGAACAUGAUGAAGCUGGUGAGAGGCAAUUCACAUUGUCUGGUACAAAGGAAGGUAAUGCGCGUGCAUUGCAGUUGAUUUAUGAGCAAUUGGAGAGGGAGAAGGAGAGACGCGCUCAGCACCAACAGCAAGGUGCUGAACAGACUCAAGUGGCUGAGUAA